AUGACCUACUUUCCAAUGAACAUUGGAAAUUAUGAGAAUGAUCAUGGUGGUAGUUCUGGGAUUGGGGCAGGAACUGCCAAGAUGUUCUGCCAGCAGGGGGCCAGGAUUGCGAUUACGGGGCGAAAUUCAGAGAACUUGCAGAAAGUGUCAGAUGAAUGUGAGAGAAUUAACAACCAAAAGGCUCUCUUUAUAAUUGGAGACAUUACCAAGGAAGAAGAUGUCAAGAUAAUUGUAGAGGAGACUAUAAAGUUCUAUGGCAAACUUGAUGAACUGGUAAACAACGCUGGAAUUGUUGGACUUUGCUCCAUAGAAACAACAUCUCUUGAGCAGUAUGACACUAUCAUGGACACCAAUGUCAGGGCGAUGUAUCACAUGACAAUGUUGUGUACACCUUAUCUGGUGGAGUCUAAAGGAAACAUCGUGAAUGUCUCCAGUGUGAAUGGACUGCGUUCUUUUCCCAAUGUUUUGGCCUACAAUAUGUCAAAGAGUGCUGUUGAUCAAUUCACAAGAUGCUGCGCCUUGGAUUUGGCACCAAAACAAGUAAGAGUUAAUAGUGUGAAUCCAGGCGUGAUCAUCACAGAGAUCCACAAGCGAGGUGGGCUGGAUGAGGAGGGCUAUCAGAAGUUCCUUGAGCGUACCAAGGUCACGCAUGCGCUAGGUCGGCCUGGCCAGGUGGAGGAAGUAACCGCCAUGAUUGCAUUCCUUGCGUCCGACAGCGCGUCAUUCAUCACUGGGGCUCAGAUACCUAUAGAUGGAGGAAGACACGCCAUGUGUCCACGAUAA